AUAGCAUAUAUAAAUGAACAGUUGGGAGGCAUUGGAGGACUAUUUGGAGAGGAGAUAGCAUUCCAAGGAGUGGUAGACGUGUCAAUGUCAGCGAAUGAAGAGAUGAAACCAAGGAUAUUGGUAGUUGGCAGAUACAAAUCAUUAAUAAUCAAGAAGCAGAGAGCAUCAUCACGUGAUCUUGUCACCUCUGUCCAUCAUUAUGAUCUAAUCGAGAUUGCAGAGCCUCCAAUAAGUCAAACACCUAUAUCAUCAAUGUUCAUUCGAUCACCAGACCGCAAGGUGGAGAACAUCGUCAUCAAGUCCAUCGUCUUUACGACCUUUACAAUCUCUCGUGGCUUCCCUCAAGAAGCCUUGGUCCAAGUGACCCUGCCUCCAAACAGAUAUCAACCAUUGCAAUUCAAUCAUGACUUUGGACCUGAUGGCAAGGGCAUUGCUGAGCAAUACAUUGCACAUUCACAUUACUUUAAGCGCAAGGCUACAUUGGACUUCCUCAGACACAUGGAAACACUAUAUCUCACACGAUACCCUGAGCUUGACCUCAGUCAGAUCCCUGGUGUUGAUCCAACAUGCUCGCUAGGCUUCAACUUGUUCACAUCAAUCAUCUGUCUGCGACAUAAUCCAUUCAUAAGAUCAUUGCGCAUUAAUAAGGUGCCUCACAUCAAUGUUAUAUCAUCGGUGGCUGAGAUGCUCUACACGAACAGGGCAAUCUCGGAGUUGACAAUCACUAAUCUGCUGUCCGAACAGCCAUUCACUCCAUUGGGCGUCGCACUGCAGCACAUUGGCACACACAGCGCACUUCAGCGACUGAAUCUCUCAAACAACACGCUGUCCUACGAGUCGUUGGUCAGUCUUGCCGACGGCCUCGCCGCGUUCAAUCACUCGCUCAUCGAGCUGAACCUCUCGGAAUGUAACAUCCCACCCAAGGGCUGUUCGCAGCUCGUCCAGGCACUGGAGCGCAACUUUGCCAUGUCGCUCACGCUCGAGACGCUCAACCUCUCGGGCAACCGCUUCCAGGAUACCGGCUCGUCCGCGCUCGUAUCCUGGCUGUGCAAGAUCAGAGGUGUUCACGCGCUGCGCGAGCUGCGUCUGUCAGCCUGCCAGCUCAACUUCUCCACACUGGCUGCGUCACUCAGAGCCCUCGAGGGCAUCGAGUUGAUCGACUUUAGCAAGAACAAGAUAACGUUGAUCAGCGCGAGAAUGCUCGCCUCUGAGACGAUUGGAUGCUUCCGUCAACUGCGACACUUGGACCUCUCUGGCUGUGGCCUUGUUGGAGACUCGUUGCAAACGAUCUUCACCGCAUUCAUUGUCAACAAGAAGCUGCCGCGCAACUCGAUGACCCUUAACCUAGCGUCGAAUGGGCUCGCGGGCAAGUCGGGCCAGAUCCUGGCCGACCUACUCAACGAGUCGAUGUUCCUCAAUGGUCUGGACAUCUCGGAGAACAGUCUGGCGACCAAACAACUCACAGACAUCAUGACCACACUAAACAAUCUCCCCGAUCUCGCCUCGCUCAACGUUGGCUACAACUCCACAUCGGUCAAUGAUGAGGCGUUUAUUGCGGGCAUCGUGGACUUUGUUGGCAGACACUCCAAGCUCACCAAGCUCGGCGUGGGUCAGCACUACAACUUGGGCGCGGCACUCAACCCCCUCAUCCAGAUGCUCAACAACAACAAGUCGCUGACUGCACUCGACAUCACAGGUAAUGAGAUGAAUGAUCAUGGCGCAUGUCUGCUCGCUGACUGCUUCAGGAACAACAAGUCGCUGCAAAAGGUCUACCUCUCGGGCAACAAGUUCACAUUCGUCGGCUGGCAGUCAAUCGCCUCGCCAUUCAUAUACUACCGAAACACCACGCUCACCAAGCUUGAGCUGCCCAAGCCCAGCGAUCUGAUCAUGGUCAGCGAUGCCAACACCAAUAUAUUGACUGCUGAGCGCCGUCUGCAGCUGGACAUCACAUUCCAAACGAUCAAGAUGCACUUGGAGCUCAACAGGAACAGAGUGUCGGCCGCGAGCAGGUUCAAUUACCUGCCCUCGUGCGAUCCACCUCUGUAUGUAAGACCACCUGCUAGCGUGCCAGAGCAUCUGUCGUCGACACCAAUCGUACCUACAUCCAGGGUGCCACUGCGCGAGAGUGGCACGUCGGACGCCACUGGCCAGCCACACAAGAUACAGCUACCGUCCAUCUUUGCCAAGCCUAUCAACUCGGUCACCAAACCAAUCAACAGUCUCCUGCACAUGGCCGACAUCAAGGAGAUACCAGAGAUUGGCUAUGCGCCCUCCAGGAGGACGGCCUCGCCCAACACCUGGAAUGACGACGAUUGGAAAUCAAGAGACAGUGGCCGUGAUGAAAAGGAU